GGUCCAAACUCCUACACAAGCGCAAGGAGUGUCAGAUAUCACAGAGUUUUCUCCAGAAUCAGGUGACACAUUUAAAGUCUGUACUGAUUAUUUAUAACUGAAACUUGGAUUAAAUUAAAGGACAAAACUAAAGAGUCAUCGAAGUCAACCACCUUUGAAGACAGGAGGAACUGCAUUUACAUAACAGAGAUGGAUGCGGCGCCGUUCAGCCGGAAACAGUGGGCUUCACAGUCUUUACGCAUCACAGCCAAAGAGCUCUCGUUGGUUGGGACCCGCGGAAAGAGCAAUGCCAUCAGCGAACGCUUUUCCAAAUAUCAGAGAGCUGCUGAGGAGGCAAGUGCAGACAAGAAAAAACCUCCUGUUGACAGUUUGCCUCUGUCGGUGCGUUCGGGGAACCUGAGUGUGCUGAGGAAACGCUGGGAACAGGAGAAACCCCCAGCGCACCUGAGCGUGGCACCUGGAAGUCUGAGGGCUCCGUCUGUGUCCAGUAAACCCAAUGGUCCUACACAACCACCUGCUUUAUCAGCCAAACCCAGCGUUCCUCCACAACCAACAUCCAGCAAACCCAGCAGUCUUUCAAAACCUUCCACUUCAUCCAGCAGUCCUCCAGAAACAUUAACAUCAUCCAUUAAACCCAACAGUCCUCCACAACCUCUCAGUUUAUCCAGCAAGCCCAUUGAUUCUUCAAAACCUCCUACUUCAUCUAUCAAACCCAUUGAUUCUCCAGAACUUUCUACUUCGUCCAAGAAACCCAUUGAUUCUCCAGAACAUCCUACUUCAUCCAAGAAACCCAUUGAUUCUCCAGAACUUUCUACUUCAUCCAAGAAACCCAUUGAUUCUCCAGAACUAACUUCAUCGAAGCAACCCGUUGAUUCUCCAAAACCUCCAACUUCAUCCAGAAGUCCUCCAGAAACAUUAACUUCAUCCAGCAAACCCUUUGAUUCUUCAAAACCUCCUACUUCAUCUAUCAAACCCAUUGAUUCUCCAGAACCUACUUCAUCCAAGAAACCCAUUGAUUCUUCAAAACCUCCUACUUCAUCCACAAAACCCAUUGAUUCUCCAGAACUUCCUACUUUAUCCAAGAAACCCAUUGAUUCUCCAAAACCUCCUACUUCAUCCAGCACUCCUCCAGAAAUAUUAACUUCAUCCAGCAAACCCAUUGAAUCUCCUGAACUUACUUUAUCCAAGAAACCCAUUGAUUCUCCAAAACCUCCUACUUCAUCCAGCACUCCUCCAGAAAUAUUAACUUCAUCCAGCAAACCCAUUGAAUCUCCUGAACUUACUUUAUCCAAGAAACCCAUUGAUUCUCCAAAACCUUCAACUUCAUCCAGAAGUCCUCCAGAAACAUUAACUUCAUCCAGCAAACCCAUUGAUUCUUCAAAACCUCCUACCUCAUCCACCAAACCCAUCGAUUCUCCAGAACUUCCUACUUUAUCCAAGAAACCCCUUGAUUCUCCAAAACCACCUACUUCAUCCACCAAACCCAGCAGUCUUUCAGAACAUCCUUUUUCAUCCAGCAAUCCUCCAGAACCUUCAUCUUCAUCCACCAAACCCAAGAAUCCUCCACAAGCACCGUCUCCCACCAAACCCAUGCCACAGGCCAGCGUGAGCGUGGAGGCGACGGCUCACGAGAGACCAGAAAACACAAGGGUGGAAAUGGAGACUAAACACAAGAGGCAGGUAGAAGAGAGGAAAGACAUGGAGAGUUCAUCAGAGCCGAUGUCUCCUCUGGAGAAACCAGCCGUGCCGCUCAACAACCUCAAGAUGAUGUUUGAAAAGGGCAACAGCAAGGUGCACACAGAUGCUAACGGCAGCUCAGAGGAUGGGGACACACUGAAGGCCAGCAAAGGCACAUCCCCUUUAAAACGCACCGGCUCCAUUAAAGAUAGAUUGACCAGAUAUCAGCUAGCAGUCUGCAAGCAGGCCUCAGUCUCCCGCUCGGCCAGCCAAUCGGAAGCAGAUGACAGUGUUUUCUGCGCUGAUAGCAAGGAGAUGGCGCCAUCUGCUGGUCAUGGGCGCACAUUGAGCAAAGUCCCUGGAACAAACAUCGCAAAUAUCAAUGGAGAGUAUGUAAACGCAUCAAGUCCCGGCACUGAAACUCUUUUAUCAGAGAACAAAGAGUUUCAUAAGGUCACCAAGCCAUUUCAAGUGGCCGUCCCGGACAGAUGUGUGUCCUGCCAGCAGACUGUUUACCAGCUGGAAAGACUAGUUGCCAAUCAGCAGAUUUAUCACAAAAAGUGCUUCCGCUGUGCCGUCUGUAGCACCAAACUCAGUUUGGCAGCGUUUGCUUCCCUGCAUGGCAGCAUCUACUGUAAGCCUCACUUCAACCAGCUCUUCAAGUCUAAAGGCAACUACGACGAAGGCUUUGGCCACAAACAACACAAGGAAAUGUGGUCUCCACGAACAAGCCAGGAGGAACCGGAGGAAAACUCCAACUCUGUGUCAGUGAAGCCUGUAGAAAAAGCAGAGGAGUCGCACAGAGGGGCCAAAUUCACAGAGCAGACCCCAAUUAUAGAGUCCAGAAGUCAAACAGAAAGACCUCAAAGCACGUCUGCGGAAACCAGGAAACUGAGAGUCGCAUGGCCUCCCCCUGCAGACAGUGAUGGAGGAGCCAAAGUCUCCAGUCCAGCUGAAGUCAGCAAGGGUCCGUCCAGGUUUUUCAGAGCAAAGUGGCCCCCGGAGGAUGAGUCUCCAUCUUCUCAGCAGAGCACGGAAAGAGCGGAGCUGAAAACCCUACGGAGAAGCACAUCUCUCAGAGAGCGCAGUCGGCCAUUUUCCCUAGCGCCAAGCUUGAGCUCCAACCCUUCAAAACAAGACGCGCAAUCCGCACCAAAGGCGGUCCGACGAGGCUCGCUGGAGGACCUGCGCUCUAGGUCAACGGCUAAAACUGAGGAAAAAAUCCCUGACGCGAAGACGAAGGAGGACGACGGCCAAUCCAAGAUCGAGAAGAAGGAAAAGAUGCCAACUUCAAUUCUCAAACACACGAACAUAGAGGGAGAACAACAGACAGAAAAUGAGGCUGGGAGACAGUUCAACAGGAAGGAGGCGGAGCCACAACCAACAAAUAAGCAGUCUCAGAUACAAUUAAAUCAAAAGGAGGAGGAGUUAGUGACCAAAAAGGAGGCGGAGCUACAAACACCAAAUAAAGAGUCUCGGCUACAGUUAAACAGAAAUGAGGCGGAGCUACAGCUACCAAAUAAGGAGCCUCAGACACAAGUGACCAAAAAGGAGGCGGAGCUACCACCAGCAAAUAAGCAGUCUCAGUUACAAUUCAACAGAAGGGAGGAGGAGCUAGUGAACAAAAAGGAGGUGGAGCUUCAAACACCAAAUAAGGAGUCUCGGAUGCAAUUAAACAGAAAGGAGGAGGAGCUACAACUAGCUAAACAGGAAAUUAAAGUACAACAAACAAAAAAGGAGCCUGAGAUAGAAGAACACGGAGCUGCUGAGGAUAAGGGAAGACUGCAAAGGAAACCUGAGCUCCAGUUUUCUGCGUCUGUGGAGGAAAAAGCCCUCAGGACGUCCCAGGAUGUGGGGUUUUGGGAGGGUGAGGAGGCUGAGGAGUCACUGACCGUGGAGGAAAUGAUCAAGAGGAACCGCUACUAUGAAGAUGAAGAUGACGAUGAAGAAGAAGUGGCAAUAGUUUGAUAGUUCCUCUUUGUUGCUCCAGUUUUUAUUUACUCUGAUUUUAAUUGCAACCCAACAUAAUAAUAAAAACAUGUGCUUUAUUAUAUUAUAAUACUUUAUAUACAUUUGGACUUUUUCUUAUAAGAGCUCGGAAUUACUUUUAUCAUUAUCACUGUACGUUGUCGUUGCUCUGUUUUCUUUUGAUUGCUGUAUGAAAUAUGACUUGUUUACAAAAAUGUUUUUAAAAAUCAACAUUAUUAUUUCUUAAUCUAACGAUUCAUUGUAAUGAUCUUAAUUAACUAAUCUGCUUUCAUUAUUCUCAGCUCUUGACAGUCAAUCAUUAAGGAUGAAACAGCCAAAUACGCUUUUGGUUCUUCUUCGAGACCGUGUUUUAAAACCUUUUCUACUGUGAUCAGAUAUUUCAGAAGGACGCAAUAAACAAUAUUUGAUCGAA